AUGGCGGAGCGGAGGAUUUCCUAUGCUCCCGACGUCGAGAAUGGUGACCAUUCUCGUCCUACCGAUUUGAACGAAGGUGCUACCCUCGACGAGUAUGCUGCUCUGAACCGCUACAUCUCGACCGCUCGCGACAAGCGUCGCGGCUCGACCUCCAGUGCCGGCGCUCUCAGCCUGAAGAAGAACAAGAAGCCCUGGUACAAGUUCUGGUCCAAGGGCGAGGCCGAUGGCUCGGAGGAGGGCUUCGUUUGCCCUGAGGACUGGCUCGAGACCGACAUGGCCACUGGUCUUCCCUCGAGUCAGAUCGAGCUCCGUCGCAAGCGCGGUGGCUGGAACGAACUGACCACCGAGAAGACCAACUUCUUCAUUCAGUUCAUUGGUUACUUCCGUGGUCCUAUUCUCUAUGUUAUGGAAUUGGCUGUUCUCCUCGCUGCUGGUCUGCGUGACUGGAUCGAUUUCGGUGUCAUUAUCGGUAUUUUGCUGCUGAACGCUGUCGUUGGUUGGUACCAGGAGAAGCAGGCUGCCGACGUUGUUGCUAGCUUGAAGGGUGACAUUGCCAUGAAGGCUGUUGUUAAGCGUGACGGUGUCGAGAGUGAAAUCCUCGCCCGUGAGCUGGUUACUGGUGAUAUUGUACGCCUCGCAGUUCCUGAAGAUGAUUCACAAGCUAACGUGGGUAGGUCAUUAUCGAGGAGGGUACUAUCGUCCCCGCUGAUGUCCGCCUGA